CAGGUUGGUUGUCAGUACCGGGAGGCGAGUGAGGUGAUGGGAGAGGAUCUCCUAAUCUCUUGCUCAACUAACGGGAACAGCCAGUCCAUCUCUAGCAUCAGCUACACCGUCAAUGGAGGAGAACCUCAAACCUCAUCCUCAGUAGCAGGAGUGAUGGUACCAGGCGAUGAGCUGGAGGUGGGAGAGAAUAUGGUGGUACUGACUGUGACUGGAGAGGAUGGGGAGACCACUCGUCAAGCACCAUCACAAUCCAGCGACGAAUACCAGUCACCAUGCAAUGACUUCACCAUUGUGGAGGUUCUGUGUGUUGGAUACUAUGGCCUGGAGGGAAACUCUUACAAUAUCUCGUGUACCAGUAAUCUACUGCCUACCACUACUGAAUGUUCUCUCAAUGGAAGACCCUACCCCUGCAACCCCGGAACGUCACUGUUGUUCAGUUUCCUUGCUCCAUCCAAUCGACUCCCCUCCCUCGACUUUCACUGGUGGACCGACUUCAAGAUAAUUCUCAUAUAUAAUGACUACAUCGUGAUUGUCUGUGUUAGGAAGUGGCUCGUGUACAGCAGCUACCCCUAUGGGUCUCCAGAGGUUCUGUUCUGCCCACCUGAGGCCAGCUCUGACUCUGUAUCUUUCUCAUGUCCACCUGUGGUCCAAAGGUACACAUACUCAGUCAACAAUGGACCCCAACUAACAUCACUGACUGGGUCAAGCUUCACUCUGACUGACAAUGUUCUGGAGGAUGGAGAGAACACUGUGGUGGUCCAGGCCACUGGUCUCAGUGGAGGGACAGCUGACGUGGAAUACUCUGUACUCAGAAACACUGCCACAGUCUCCCACUCUCCCAUUGAUUUCCAUGUGACAUGUGGUGCCCAGCAUGCUGCCAACAAUCUCGUGGAGGUGAGAUGUGCAAAGUUGGACGAGUCUGACCCUCCAAUUACAGCAAUAUCCUACUCCAUGAAUGGUGGGAGUCCAAUAAGAGCUCCAUCAGUCUCAGAGUUCACUCUGGACUCCAGAGAGCUGACAGAGGAGGUCAACACCAUCGACCUCUCUCUCACCUCAGCCGGAGGACUCACUGCUGACACUAGCGUGGAGAUUGCACCUCCACUGAGGAUGAUGUGCUCCUCACAGAGUGUGGACUGUGGCAUAGAGUUCUCCUGCUCCAUCAAUCGCCGCCACGACAACACUCUGCUCCAAUGUUACCUUGACAAUGUACUCCAGGAAUCAUGUGAUCGAGUAACUCUGCUGCAGUUCUCUGAUCUUGAUGAUGGUCACCACAGCUACACUGUCGUUGCUAGCGACAUAUAUGGAUUUUCAGCCAGCAACCAGCUCUCUUUCUCCACUGAGAGUAAGUCUUCUCACAACAGUAUAAGAUUUUGCUCUGACACUGAAAUCUGCUAA